CAGCAGAAAGUAGAGAGCUGGAACAAGGGAAGAUGAGCAUGCUGGUGCUGAUUAAUAAGUUGCUGGACUGGUUUAAGUCCCUGUUCUGGAAGGAGGAGAUGGAGCUGACCCUGGUCGGGCUGCAGUACUCGGGCAAGACGACGUUUGUGAAUGUGAUCGCGUCUGGUCAGUUCACUGAAGAUAUGAUUCCAACUGUGGGUUUCAAUAUGAGAAAACUAACAAAAGGAAAUGUCACCAUUAAGAUCUGGGAUAUUGGUGGACAGCCAAGAUUCCGAAGCAUGUGGGAGCGUUACUGCAGAGGAGUUAAUGCUAUUGUCUACAUGGUGGACGCUGCAGACUUUGAAAAGAUUGAAGCUUCAAAGAACGAACUUCACAACUUAUUAGAUAAACCACAGUUGCAAGGAAUUCCAGUGUUAGUCUUGGGAAAUAAGAGAGACCUUCCUAAUGCGUUGGAUGAGAAACAGCUAAUUGAAAAAAUGAAUCUAUCUGCUAUCCAGGAUCGAGAAAUCUGUUGUUAUUCAGUGUCCUGCAAAGAGAAGGAUAACAUCGACAUCACACUACAGUGGCUUAUUCAGCACUCCAAAUCCAGGCACUGCUGAGGUUGGUCUCCUGUUGUAGAAGAUGGUGAACUGCUUGUCCAUCCUAUGUACCUUGGAAGGAUGUAUGGAAGAACAAAACCUAACUCAGCUGGGCCUGAGUCUUUCAAUCCCAGUUCUUGUUAAUAUGGACUUCUAAGAUUUCUUCUUUGCGUUCCUUUGACUUCAGGUCAUUUUCUACGUUUAAAGAAAAUUGUGCCAUUCAACAGUAAUACUGAGUAAUCAUAAAUUAUUUCUGUAAGCCUUGGGCACAUGGCUUCUUUAAUUAAGAGAUGCCUUCGGAAAAAAAAACACAGAUA